AUCCCCGAGGCCCAGUCCAGUUCUUUUGAACAGGUCCGUCAUUCUAUCCCUGCUCCGCCCUCGUUGCUGUAUUGUAUCACCAAACAAGUUACAGUCGCACUCAAAUCCAUUUCCCGGAAAAAGCAGCCGGAAUUUGUUUAUCGGAAAGUCACAGAUACGAAGUCAUGAAGGUGCGUUCAUCUGUGAAGAAGAUGUGUGAAUACUGUAGGACGAUUAAACGGAAAGGACGAGUCUAUGUCUUGUGCACAGCAAACCCUAAGCACAAACAAAGGCAAGGCAUGUCUACAUUUGCAGAUGAAGCCACUUCUCAUCAGCCGUCCGUGGAGAUAAGUUCAAGCAGCGCCACACAGGAGAUUAAGCCAUUCCGUACUUUUCCAACAGGUCUGGCUUCUAUUACUCCUCAAAGGCACAGCUUGUCUAUGUUGUAUGGAUGGAGAGUUGGCCUGGCCUCUAUUCUGUCUAAGAAGUAGGGAAGUAAUCAUCGACUUCCAAUACGAGAAAUAAAUAUGAAGAUAAUGUUAGUCAAUUGCAUUGGAUGAAGGCCUCUGGCUCGCUCUCUUCUUACUUUGUAUUGGUUGGCAGAGUUAUCUCCUUAUACUUGCUUUGUUCUGUGUACCAUAUUUGACAUACCUCACUCUUGGAUUUGUUUCUUCGUCAAGAUGUUUAACAGAAGGUACCAUUGUUGCAUUAUGUUUCCAUGUUGCUCGAUCAGUGAAGCACAAUUAAUACGUGCCUACCUCCAUUAACCUUAUAAUAACUUGAGCCGCAGAUGCGAAUUAUUUGCAAUGCUAUCUAUAUAUCUUGCUUUUUAUACUCUUGGAUGUAUCAUUCUCUCUUAAAUCUUAAUCCUAUGUGACCUCAUUUGUUCUA